AUGAGCAACGUGAAAGUCCUUUCCAACGACGACAACCAUGUCGGACAGUCGUCUCCCAUUAGCUUUAGUGGCCAAAACCCCGCCACAGACGACAAGAUCCCCAGAGCAUUCAUCUGCCCGCUGACGCUCAAUGUCAUGCAAGACCCCGUCAUGGACGCCUACGGCAGCACUUAUGAGCGGUCUGCCAUUGUAGAGUGGCUCGCCGUCAACAACACGAGCCCCGUUACACGACAACCGCUAGCCAAAGACCAUUUGGUGCCGAACCGGGCCCUCAGAGAUCUCAUCUACUCCUUUAUGGGGCCACAAUGGAGUCUAAACGCCGAGAAAGAAAUCCAACCCAUUCCGGAAAAGCAUCGGCCGGUGGUGCCCGUGCCGGCCCCACCUGCUACUUCCACCAACAGAGAUUGGAGAGGGAUCAUCGACAGUUUUCUAGAAGAGAUUAGUCGAGCUGUGGGCAAGAAUAUACGGCUGAAUGACCAAGGCAUUUGCGCAUUCACCUAUGAACACUUGACAAUCGUCAUUGAAGUGCCGCAGUCCGUGGGAUCCUUCUUUCUGUAUACCGAAUUGAAAACAGACCCACGCAAACGAGCACAAGUUUUGCAAAAGGCAAUGGCUUUGAAUUAUUUGCAACAGGAAACCAGAGGCGGGUGCAUGGGCUGGGACAAGGUGAACGAUGAACUCAUGUUCAGUUAUUCCGACCGCGUCAACGAAAUCAAUGCCACUGAUUUCAGAAAUAUUCUGGAGAACUAUAUUGACACGGCGCUCAGCACAUCCAAGAUUUUUAAGGAAAUGUAA